AUGACCGUAUGAAAAAACCUACUAGCAACUUAUUCAAUAUUUCCGGAGACAACUCUACAGCUGACAAUAAGACGUCUUCGCUCUCACAGGGUGGCAUUAAAUCACAUGUAGUAUCUGUAGAAAUAAAUGAUGAAGCCCCCAUUGAAAAUUGGGUAGUACUUCCUCCCGAUGGAGGUUGGGGAUGGAUAGUGGUUCUGGCCUCGUUCUUCUGCAAUUUUGUCACAGAUGGAUGUUUGUAUUCGUUUGGAAUGUUUUUAGAAGAAAUUGGGGAAGACAUGGAUGUACCCGCUACAAAUGUAGCACUUGCUAGCUCUAUCAUGAGUGGCUUUUAUUUUAUGCUGGGUCCGAUAACAUGUUCUUUAAUGAAUAAGUAUGGCUUCCGAAGUAUUGCUAUCAUAGGAGGAAUUUUUGGUUGCAUAUCAUUUGUACUAGCGUCCAUAGUUCAAAGCCUCUCUUUAUUUUUAAUUUUUCUUGGUGUACUAGGUGGUAUCGCUUUUAACAUGAUAUAUACCCCUUCAUUUGUGGUUGUUGGAUUUUAUUUUGAAAAAUGGCGGGCGAUGGCUACGUCUUUGGCUGUAUGUGGAUCAUCUAUAGGAAUGAUUGCUUUUCCAUUAAUUGCUAAAGAAAUUUUAUACAGUUAUACAUGGAGGGCAAAAUUUCAAAUGAUUGGAGGCAUGUUGCUAUCAUGCAGUGUAAUUUCAUUAACAUACAAACCACUGCUUCCAACUAGAGUGUAUAUUGAGGACGAAAAAAAGGUUCAAUUUAUUGAAGUAGACUCAAUCGGAUCGUUUCAUUUGGAAAGCGAAAGUGAAAAGAUCAAGACUCCAUUUCGUACAUUUAAGUCCUUGUUAUUUCCAUCUAAAAAAGAUAGCAUGUCUGUUAUGGAUGAAAAAACAUCUGUAGAUGCUUCAUAUCUUUUGGGGCUUACAGAUGCCAGUAUUUCUAGUGUAACCACCAAGAGUAUAUACAAAGCCACGCCUUCUGAGAAACUAGACACUGUAUUUGAAGAAGGAAAUGAACAAGAAAUAAGAGAACACUGGAAUUGUUUUCAUAUAAAUCAGAAAAUUCAAGACUUAUGGCACAAAAUUUCCUGUAAAAAAAGAAACACUUGCGAAAAUUCAGCCAGUAGACCUAUGUAUAGGGAAGACAUAUUUUUUACAGGUUCUCUCUACACUGUGCCAGAAUAUUCAAGAACAGUUUUACCUGGCCCGUCCACAAAGAAAUCCGUAGACUAUCAUAUAUCAGUGACUAAAGUUGCUUCCGAAUAUGAAGAUAAAAGAAAAUACUGUCGGUGUUUUCCUGUGAGCAUGGCGUCUACUUUCUCAAAAAUGCUCAGCCUUAGUUUAAUAAAAGACAAACCAUUCAGUUUAAUAUUACUGAGUGGUAUGUUUUCACUUUUGGGAACCUACACACCAUUUGUAUUCACUGAAUUGAGAGCAUUGGGGAAAGGCUUAGACCCAUCAAUGACAUUGUAUCUUUUAUCCGCCAUGGGAAUUUCAAAUACAAUUGGCAGAAUAGCUUGUGGAGUUAUAUCAUCAAUACCCCGGAUUAAUGCUCUAAGUGUCACCUACAUAAGUACAAUUGCAUGUGGAGUUGUGGUAAUUAUUUCAAAUUACUUUUAUUCUAUGACUUCACAAAUGGUGUAUGCUAUACUCUUUGGAUUCACGAUAGCUUGUUUGGCAGCUCUAAAAUCCGUUAUUCUAGUGGAACUUUUAGGAUUAGAAAAAUUAACAAACGCAUUUGGACUCUUAAUCCUGUGCCAAGGUUUAGCAAGUUUUAUGGGAGUGCCAAUAGCUGCCUCAUUAAAAUCAUUAACUGGGAAUUAUGAUGUGAGUUUUCUAUUCGCUGGAUCUUGCAUUGCUCUUAGUGGACUAAUACUCAUUCCAAUACAUUAUCUAAAGAAAGAUAUAAAUGUCGUCGUAGCAAAAGAACAAGACCAAGAAACGGUAGCUACCUCUAUCAAAGAUGAACAACAAUCUGUUAUUUUCGAUAACAGUGACGCUGGCUUUACAGAGCAAUCACUUCCUGUUGAAGGAGAUAAAAGUAUUUAAGUCUCAAAAAGUGUCAGAAUGUUUAUAAUAUACAUUCUUAAAACUAAUA